CCGCUCUCGGCGGGUCUCGCACUAUCUGCUGCGGCCAAUCGGGAUCCCCGCAUUCUAGAGGGCAGCCUCGCUGGAGUGGUGGCGCAGCUUUUUGCUCGGUCUGGCUGUUCCUCACUGCUCCCCAGUGAUUUGGGGCAAGAAAAGAUUUGGAAAGACAAAAACCACAGAAGAUGGGAAACUGCCACCAGCAAAGACUGUUUAGAGAAGAAUUUGGGUGCAAAGAGCUUUUCUAAAGAGGAUAAACAUCCACCUUGAAGAAGAAAGAAUAUCAAGGGUUAAGGUUCAGUUUAAACCUGUAGUGGCUGCUUGGAAAAUGAAGAUGCGGACUCCCCAUUGGUGGUUUAUAUAUUCUUCAUACAGGAGCGGUGUAUUAAAGGAGAGAGGUAACUGUGCUGACCAGUGACUGAAAGCUGCAAGCGCAUUGGACAGAUUUCCAGAAGACACAAGCUUUCUGAGCAUUCCAUAUUGGAAGAAGAGAAUUUUUAGACAUGAAAAAAAUGCCUUUGUUUAGUAAAUCACACAAAAAUCCAGCAGAAAUUGUGAAAAUCCUGAAGGACAACCUGGCCAUUUUGGAAAAGCAAGACAAAAAGACAGACAAGGCUUCAGAAGAAGUGUCGAAAUCUCUGCAAGCAAUGAAGGAAAUUUUGUGUGGUACAAAUGACAAGGAGCCCCCUACAGAAGCAGUGGCUCAGCUGGCACAAGAGCUCUACAGCAGUGGACUGCUGGUGACACUGAUAGCCAACCUGCAGCUGAUAGACUUUGAGGGAAAAAAAGACGUGACCCAGAUAUUCAACAACAUCCUGAGAAGACAGAUCGGUGCACGGAGUCCUACUGUGGAGUACAUCAGUUCUCACCCUCACAUCCUGUCUAUGCUCCUCAAAGGAUAUGAAGCCCCACAGAUUGCCUUACGCUGCGGGAUUAUGCUGAGAGAAUGUAUUCGACAUGAACCGCUUGCCAAAAUCGUCCUCUUUUCUAAUCAGUUCAGAGAUUUCUUCAAGUAUGUGGAGUUGUCGACAUUUGAUAUCGCUUCAGAUGCCUUUGCUACUUUUAAGGAUUUGUUGACCAGACAUAAAGUGUUGGUAGCAGACUUCUUAGAGCAAAAUUAUGACACUAUUUUUGAAGACUAUGAGAAACUGCUGCAGUCAGAGAAUUACGUGACAAAGAGACAAUCUUUAAAGCUGCUAGGUGAGCUGAUCCUGGACCGCCACAAUUUUGCCAUUAUGACCAAGUACAUCAGCAAGCCAGAGAACCUGAAACUGAUGAUGAACCUGCUUCGAGACAAAAGCCCUAACAUCCAGUUUGAAGCCUUCCAUGUCUUUAAGGUGUUUGUGGCCAGCCCUCACAAAACGCAGCCCAUCGUGGAGAUUCUGUUAAAAAAUCAGCCGAAACUCAUUGAAUUUCUGAGCAGCUUCCAGAAAGAAAGGACAGAUGAUGAGCAGUUUGCUGAUGAGAAGAACUACCUGAUUAAACAGAUUCGAGACUUGAAAAAAGCAGCCCCGUGAAGAUGGGCUCUGCCUAACAGCCGUUUGUCUCCCUUGCCCAAUGUGUACAGUGCCGCUUCAACAGUCUCCCUUCUUCGGAAGGGUCAGGGUGCCUGUUUUCUCAAUUGAUUGUUCAAGGUAGAUGGAACAUAAACAUUUGAAUGAAAAAAAAAAUCAACCUAGAAUAAUAUAUUCAUUUUAAUCAA